GAAGUCGAACCGUCGGUGGUUUUCGUGAUGCCAGAGAGACCUCGUGUUCCCAUAGGUUAUUGACAAAUCUGUUGUUUCUGUUUGUGACCCAGUCGUCGAGGAACAGUGUUGUGCAACGGUUUGUACGCGUAACAAUAUAGCGGAGAUCGUAACCCGAACAAAUUCAAAUUUACCGCUUUACUAUGUCUACUAAUUUACUGAUUGUUGUCUUAAUGUUUCCCGAGCACCAGAGCGGGGGAGGACGGCGCGCGUGCAGCCUUUGCGAUCGGGCGCUCUCUUAACAAUAAUCAGUUGUCAAUCACAAUCACACUCUGUCGCAUCGUCUAGUGCCCUGCGCACUGUCACUGUCAGUGAAUUGAUAAUAAAUGACAGCGUCAGUUCGAUACACCGAUUCACAAGGAAUUGUGUCAGUUUUAGUGUUGGUCUGUGACCGUUAAAAGCGAGUGACGUUUAAGUGUACGCUGCACCCGAGGGCCGCCUGACGACCGUCAUGUCGUCCCAGAAGAACACCGGCGCCAAGGGAGGCCGCGUGCGCAAAAUUAGCAGGACGGAUAGCGAAGUAGCAUGCGAAGAAGCGGCUCGGCUGACCGCGGAGGCGAUGCAAUGCGCCGAAGAGGAAUCGAUGUCGUACUGCGAGUACCACGACGUGCCGCCUCCGCCUGACGGAGGUUACGGUUGGGUUGUCGUUUUCGCCUCAUUUAUGUGCAACAUGAUCGUAGAUGGCAUCGCUUACACAUUCGGCGUUUUUCUUGGCGAAUUCGUUCUGUAUUUCGGAGAAGGCAAAGGAAAGGUUGCAUGGGUUGGCAGUCUUCUGUCUGGAAUGUACCUGAGUGCUGGGCCUGUGGUGUCGGCGCUGACGAAUAAGUACGGCUGUAGGGCAGUUUGCAUAGCGGGAAGUUUGAUUGCAAGUUCUGCCUUCGUGCUCAGUACUUUCAGCGGAUCAGUUACCACGCUAAUGAUCACGUACGGCGUCAUGGGAGGCAUUGGAUUCGGUCUGAUUUACUUACCAGCUGUCGUUUGCGUCGGUUAUUACUUCGAGACGAAACGUUCUUUAGCGACAGGUAUUGCGGUAUGCGGUUCCGGUUUCGGUACCUUCACUUUCGCACCUUUGGCCACGUUGUUGCUGGAACACUUCGACUGGAGAGGUGCCAAUCUCAUAUUGGCUGGACUCAUCCUCAAUUGCGCAGUAUUCGGAGCUAUGAUGAGGCCACUGGUUUAUCCUAAGCAAUCCAAUGUGAAGCCGCUGUUGCAACGCAUGGCCGAAGAAAAGCGUUUCCAAAUGGAACGAGGUUCGAUUGGCGGUUCUUAUUUCAUGGUACAACUACCCGAUGGAAGCAUGGAAAAACGCAUGAAAAUGCCGAUCAACAUUGAUCCUGGAGUUCAUUCUAGUUUUCAUUUGGACGAACUGGUAGGCAUGCCCGGGACACCAAUGAAUAACACGUUGCACACGGUGGCCACGUUGCCAACGAUUUCUGAAGCUAAAGUGCAAGAACAAAGUGGAUCAUCUGGAAACUCGAGCAAUGGUAGUGGCGAGGGAGAAGAUACUGAUGCUGUUAAGAAUUCAACAAGACCUGCAAGAACGGAAUCUAAGGAUGAAACUGCUAGUAUGUUUACCUCAAAAACAUCAUUGGCGAGGGAACGACCACAGAUCGUGCGUCCGAUGUCUCGAAAGGAUAUAUUUUACUCAGGUUCUGUGGUAAAUCUUCCAGAGUACCAGUCGCAGAAGUCUUUGACGAACUAUCGUAAUUCGGUGGUGUCUUUGCCGAGAUACGCUAGGGAUAUGAGAGAUGGACGAGACAUCGAAAAGGCUGAACAGUACGAUCUAUGUCCAUGUUUGGUUAUCCCGGAAUCUUUCAAGAGCGCCUUGGCGACAAUGAUGGAUUUCUCCCUUCUGAAAGACCCUGUAUUUAUGCUAAUUGGAAUUUCUAAUGUUUUUGGAAUGGCUGGACUCUAUGUACCUUUCGUUUACCUCGUUGACGCAGCCGUUCUUGAUGGAAUUGAACAGAACUCUGCAUCCUUUUUAUUGUCUAUAAUUGGUAUUACUAAUACUGUGGGUCGUGUUGCCUGUGGAUAUGUUGCUGAUUUUCCAUGGGUUAACUCGUUACUGCUCAACAAUAUAUGCCUUGUAAUUUCUACUUUAGCAGUUGCAGCUACUCCAUUGUGCCAUACUUAUACCGCGUAUAUAAUUAUGUCCGUAUUCUUCGGCGUUGCAAUUUCUGGCUACAUAUCAUUGACGUCUAUUAUACUGGUAGAUCUAUUGGGCCUUGAUAAAUUAACAAAUGCUUUUGGUUUGCUAAUAUUGUUUAGAGGUGCAGCUGCCAUAAUUGGAUCUCCUUUGGCUGGUGCUGUAUAUGACGCAACAAAUUCAUAUUCGAUUCCGUUUUACAUGGCAGGCGCAUUUUUUGCGAUCUCAACUAUAACAAGCUUUAUGGCUCCUGCUAUGAAAAGAUGCGUGAAACCACAAGAUCAACCAAUGUAUCCUGAAGUACUAACACCAAUCGAUGAAGAUGAAGAGGAGGAAGAUGAGGAUGAUCCAAUAACAAUGGUCCCACGAAUUGUAGAAACAUGUCCCAGUCCUAUGGGGCAACCAGAAGAAACCUUACCAAGAAACAAUUCAUCCCCACGAGAAAUUAAACAAAUUGAGUCUGUUUUGUAAUAUAUAAAAUUCGUCGAUAGUUCAUAAGAGAUUGAAUUGGUGUAAUAAUUCAGUGGGAACUGAAAAAUAGAAUAUUGAUGUGUGAUAUGAUAUAUUGAAGAUGUAAUAUUUGCAGUGUGUAGUAAAUAUGAUCUAGAAAAUCAAAGUCUGAUGGUCUUCAAAUAAUAUACAUGAUGUAUUCUGUCUUCCACCCGGAUAGGAUGGCUUUGGUUUGUAUUUUUGUUUUAUAUUAUUAUUAAGAAUAUUUUACCUUAGAUUGUUAAUAUAUUGUAAUUAUGUACAUGUAUUUUAAUAGUUUUAUUAUAUAAUGUAUAGAUUUUGAUAUU